CAUCGUCGUACCGUCCAAUGUCUCGCCGACCGACGAACUGAAUUGCUGAAGAAGAGACUAUGUCUGCCCUCCGAUAGCAUAUCGUCUCAAAGGAGGCACAGAACUGGUGUUACUAGCAAGGGAAAGACAAAGCAUCCGUCUUCAGCAAAAUUCGCCGAUCAAUGGACUCGAAUCUUGCUAAGCGCAGCCGCUGAAGGCAAACAGCGCCCAGGAUGGAGUCAUAUCCCCCGCCGGGGAGGGGAGGAGCAGGUGCUGUCCCAAGAUGUUUCUGGGCCCCCGAAGGGUAUCGCCACGCCAAUGAGGGAGCAAGCUGAACGGUUCACUGCACCCUCAGAAGAGGAGGAAGACAUUGAAGUCGAUGAGAGCUUUAGGAACAAGGCCUUCCUGCCUGGCUCUUUCUUGCAUCUGAGAAGAAACAAAGUCGAGGGUCAUGGUGUUCUGCUCGCCCGUGGAACCGAGUUAGGAAGAGAAAUAGCCUUAACGCUCACGUCCAGUGGAGACAUGUGGGAGCAUUACGUUGAAGAUAUAAUGUACAGCAUUCCGAGGUUCGUUCCUACCUCGCUCGCUGCACGCUGUGGUACUCUACCUACUCCAGCAACGAAGGGGGAGCACUCUGCUCGUGUCACUGUUCUUAAGCAAGUCCGUGAAAUGGAGAGGAAGCUCGAGGGCGCUCUAGCUUCUAUUGGCAGACAAAUCGGUGAUCUGUAUCCUAUGGUCAAAUCUAGCGACCCGGACGAAUGGGCUCAGGUUACUCUGGAUCAAGCCAUACAACUGAUCCCUCCCGCUCGCAAGUUGGACGACGCCCUACACGGUCUUGUGCUGCAAAAGAGCAUACUAGACCGUUACAAAGAAUUCACCAUUGCUUCCACCUAUGAAUCUCCCCCAACACGCUUCCUGGCGCGUCCACAGUCACAUGUGGAUACCAUUGAUGCAGUUACGAAUAUGGUUCGUUUAAUCGGCGAACCUCAUGGUCCCAUCCAAUCUUUUGCUGCCAAAGCACGCAAGAUCAUUUCCGCGGCUCGCGAAAGAGACCUGGAGUCUUGGUACGAGACCCCGUCCUCGCAGCCAGUUGAUAAGCCUGUUUUCGACUCGGAUGAUAUCACGAUCCUCACGUUCUUACGUCGGGCGCUGCGCAGAAUACGUCACAUUCAGCACGACCCAUAUUCGGUGGGCACGUCCACUAUUGUGAAAGCGGUAGGUAUGUACGAGACACCGGUUCUGGAGCAUACAGUGAGGCAACUGCUCGUCGAAGUCGGAGUACUAGCGCCUUGGCAGGGCGCCGAAACAGAGGUGCGAGGGUUGACGUCCGACUAUCCGCUGGACGUGAAGGCCUUGCCCAGGGUGGAGGAAAAGCACCUCAUCAGGUCGUCUUGCGCAGGUGCCACCUCUAUAGUGGACUCGGCCCCUGUAGGUCCGGACGACUUGUAUGCGAAAGAUCCUCUGGAGUCUGUGCGACAUGAUUUUGGCGAUAUGCCAGUUUACGUGAUCGACGACGUCGACGCGCAGGAGCUGGACGACGGUCUGUCCAUUGAGCCGAUUGCUUCAGAGCCUGGCUCUGCUUGGGUUCACGUCCACAUUGCGGACCCCACUUCUGUCAUCCCCCCCACUCACUGGAUUGCCGCUCGGGCCCGACAAAUGAUCCUUACGAUGUACUACGUUCACGAGACAGACCCAAUGCUUCCUCCGCUUCCACAGCUGAAAGAUCUCAGCUUAGGUGCUCGGUCGGCUCGCGGUAAACCGGAAACCGUCUUGACGUUCAGUUUCAAGGUUGAUCCGAGCGGCCAGUUCGCGGACUACAAGGUCAGGGCGGGUCUCGUGCGCAACGUCCGACGUGUGUCGUACGGCCAGGUUGAUCGCGCAUUGAAGCAUGAACCUACAAUGCCUAGGUAUCCGUUCGGAAACGCCAGGGCACCUCGCGCUGUGGACGAAGUUCCGCUCGGGGAGGCAGACGUGCGCAAUUUAGCCGCGCUGAAGGAAGUCGCCGAUUAUUUGUGGAAUUACCAAUACAACCGAGGGGUAUUCAACUACGACAUUCCAAGUGCGUCGAUCAGCGCGUCCCCGCUGCCGCUGCCGCCCUCUCCUAGUGACAUGGCGUUUCCUCAUGAAUACAGAGGGUUCCCUUCCUUGACGUAUUCCAUCGAGGACUUCUCUAUCUAUUCCCAGGGCUCAAGGAAGAUAGUCGCGGAGUGUAUGAAGGCUGCUUGCCGGGUCGCUUCGAGAUUCGGCAAGGAUCACGACAUACCUUUGAUUCGCAGGUCUCAGGCGAGGCCGAGUGCGCCGUCUGAAGAGGUUCUCCAGCAGGUUGUAGACAGCCGCAACUCUGCCAUGGUGGCCGAUCGCUAUCUGGCACUGGCAUUGGGUGUCAGUCCGGCUCCUGGUAAAUACACCCUGCAGCCUGAGGAACACUGGACCCUUGGCGCGCCGCGGGGUGAGGGCUAUGCCCGCGUCACGUCGCCGUUGAGGCGAUUCUCGGACCUAGUCGCCCACUGGCAGAUCAAGCAUGCGCUCUUGCCUUCGUGUCCAGCCUUCACCCUGCCCUUGAUGGAAGAGCUCCUUAAGGAGCAGGAUCUUAAAGGCAAGGAGCGGAUGAAGACAAUGCAGAUGCAUAUGAUCCAGUGGGCGACCAAGUUCCUCUACCGGUGGAGGCACGAUCCCCAGUUCGCAGGCAAACGGCGCGAGCACGAUCCUUUGGAGAACCUCACGGCGCGGCUCGUCCAGGAGGCGCGGUUCGCGAUCGUUGAUGGGUAUGGGAUUGCCAAAGUCAUGGUGCCGGAGCUCGCGAUGGAAGGGCGAGUGGUCCGGUUGCGGAAGUCCGUGGAGAAGUAUAAGCCCGGCGAUGCGCUCCGCGUGCGCUUGGUGGAACUGGAUAACCCGUAUCUCUCCAACCUCAACUUCGAGGAAAAGUAGCGGCGCUCUUUGAGUAACUGCAUACCUUCUCCGGCUACGGUCGACCACAGUAUUCAUGUAUCGAUUUACAUAGGUGGAUAUAGAGUGAAGUAGAAUAAUAUUGCAUAAUACCUCCCACCUCGUCUUGAUGCGCUUUGAG